CAGCUCCUGAAGAGAGGGGGAGGAGCACUGGUAUAAAACAAGAACAUGUGGCUGGAAAGCUCAGAGCAAAAGCUUGUCUUGUCUCCAGCAUGGCGCCUAAUCUUCAGGCUGUCUGUCAGCUUUCUUUCCUGAGCCUCUGCUGUCUGCUCCUAGCAGUGAGGGAGACAGAAAGCACAUAUUUUCCUGGAAGAUGUUUGUGUCCAGAGACGCAAACAGGAGUCAGGGGGCAACUAAUAGACCUUAAAGUAUACCCCAAAAGUGCCACCUGCAGCAACAUCACAGUCAUAGUGACACUGAGGAGGAACAACUUAAAUGUGUGCCUGAAUCCUGAGGCAGCAAUGGGUAAACAGCUGAUUCGAUGCUGGAACAGAGCUCAGAAGUUGGGUAGAGAUGUGAAGGUAUGCCUGCGGAGGCGAAGAAGAGCUGUGCCCCGUCAGAGGCCCCAGCAGAAGGCAAGGAGGCACAACAGAAGGGCCUCAUCCUCUAAAUCACAAUAGCUCUGCAGGUUCAAAAACAGAAAAAAAGCUACUGUGUGAAGCAGUGUGUUCAGACUGCUUUUUGCUGCAUUGUGGACUGUUAUGGUGAAUGCUGUUCAGCUUUUCCUGCUCAAAUAUUCCUCAAUCUGUUAUAGCAUUGCUCAUCCUCGUGCUCGUUCUCUACCCAUCUGAGCAAUGAAUCUGUAUUAGUGGGCAGCAUGGGGCUUCAUCCCCGCCAAGACUGAUUUUAAUCCUUAAAAACAAAGCCCUGGAGGCUUGGCAUAGGUGGUGACAGGUUUCGCUUUGAGGCAUUUUAAAAUGGUCAAUGAACUGUAUAUAUGAUACUCUGUUCAAGCAGCUGGAAAUAUAAUUUCAUGUAUUUAUUUUUACAAAUGUUUUAUAAAAAUGUAUUAUGUUUUACAAAUUGUUUUAUAAAUAAAUGCUAA